AUGGGUUUUGGGGCGGACAUCUUCCUCGGCCCAGUCAACAUUACGAUCCUCUCGCUCACUGUUAUCGGCGUUAGUGCAAUGGCACUCUGGCCGUUUCCAAUUUCCCUCGGGCUUCUUAUCUUCGCGAUUAUCAAUGGAAAGGGCUCCGGUAGUUUCUUCAGUCUCAUGGCUGUCGUCGUAGGCGCGGUGUUCGGCGAUGGGCAGCUCGCGAAUAUCAUGUCUAUGUUGUCGACAUCCUGGACUUUUGGCUAUUUCCUGGCGUCGCCUAUCGCCGGAUACCUGCUAGUCGCUUACGGCGACACAGAGGCCGGUCUUGCGGCGUUCCGACCAGCAAUCUUCUAUGCUGGAUCGCUGACCCUAGCGAGCGCCGGGUUGCUUUUGUCUGUUCGACUAAUGGUGAACAGGAAGAUAUUUGUGAGGGUAUAG